GCCACCAUUUUACGUCUAUUUUUUGGAGGGGACUUUUAUCUCGUGAUUACAAGAUGUCUGAAGGUGCCGCCAUCUGUCAAAUUGAUGAAUGCAGGAUGUUGACUUGUUGCGAUAUUGGAGCAACUUGCAGUUGUGAUGGUGAAUGCCAGUGUCCCAAAUGUGGAGUUCAAUGCUCCUGCGUCGGUUCAUGCAAAUGUGGAGUAGGAUGCAACGGACCAUCAUCGUGCAAAUGUGACGUUGGCCCGUGCUCAUGUAGACCGGCCAAAUCUAACGAAUAGUUGGAGAGCCGUCACCAAUGGACGUUUUUUUGAUUAUCUUAUUCCAGCGUUUGGGACUGAGUUCAUUUCUUCAUGUUAUUGACUUUUGACAUCACAUUGAUCACAAUAUAAUACAUCCAUCUUUGAACCUCCAAAGCAAGAACUUGAAAUCACGGACACACUCAUCGAAAUAUGAUGAUUUUAUAUGAUUCUCCAAAAUCAAGAGCUGGUUUUCCCGAAUACAGCAACUCGAAUAUCAUAUCAAGUCAAUUUUUGAAUGUUCAAAGC